CCGUUAUCUUUCCAUAAACGACCCUCUGCGACCUUUGACUUAUGCAUUCAACUUCCUCCUGGAUGAAGUUUACUCGAACGACGACGUCAGUCACUACUGACGCCGUCCCGAAUGCUGCCUGGAAAUGUUUUCAGACAUUUGUACUUGCAGUUGGAGUUAUCGUGGUGCUGGGGGCGUCGGGUUUGCUCCUUGUGAUCGCGUCAGGGGUGGUGAACUUCUUGCCAUCAACAGAUCGGGCCUUGUACAUUGAGCUGUGCCUUCAAAGUGUCAACCUUGUCUUGACAGUGGCAGCGGUGGCGACGCAAGUGCCCCGCAUUCGCACGUUCGUGCAUGUUUCCCGAUACCUGGCCACUUCUACAUUCGACCAAGAGCAAGGCGACGGUGACCAACAGCGAGCCGAGGCCAUUCGAGCGGCGUUUCCAGCGCUGGUGGUCGAAUUUCACGACCAAACCAACCCGUCCGGAGUGAACAUUCCCCUGCGCAAACUCUGGUUCCUCCUUGCACUACUGAAUGCCCAAUGCAUGUUUCAAUACCCGACCGCUAUUGUGUUGUGGUUCGUUGCCAGCCCGAACCGCCCAUACGUUCUAGUGGCCACCUGCGUCGCACUCUCGGCCUUCUGUAGCAUCGUUGCGUUUGUAUGGGAAUCCCGCCUCGUACGACAUUGCACAAGAUAUCGCGUGCAGCGGGCUGAAAGUGCCUACGAGAAGUACCUCGUCGAAGACACCGCGGUGUAGCUCCAAUCGACCAACCACUCGUAACGACGAAGAAAUACAUGAUUUUCCUCGCAUAUAUUAUGCUAGAACCAAAAGGAGUUGCCGACGUAAUCAC